UUAAAAUCGAUUAUGGAUUUCAUCCUCCAAACUGCACUGUGCACACAGAAACAAUCGGUCAACAAUGUUUUAGGAAGCAAUGUAAAGUUAUUACAAACAUGUUAAAAGGAUAACAAGAUGACAUCUGUAAAAGUUGCUGUUAGAGUUCGUCCGAUAAACCAAAGGGAACAUGAUCUUGACAGCAAAUUCAUCAUCCAAAUGGAUGGAAGGAAAACCACCAUUACAAAUCUUAAGAUUCCAGAACACUUACAGGAGGGGGACUCUGGUAGAGAGCUCAUGAGACACAAGGAAUUUACUUUUGACUUUUCCUUCUGGUCCGUCCUGCAAACGGAUCCACAUUUUGCUUCACAAGAACAGGUGUUCAAAUGUCUUGGUGUUGAUGUUGUAACCUCAGCUUAUGAUGGUUACAAUGCUUGUGUGUUUGCCUAUGGACAGACUGGAUCUGGUAAAAGCUAUACCAUGAUGGGAAAUCCUGGAGACCAGGGACUGAUUCCUAGGAUUUGUGAGAAUCUGUUUUCUAAGAUGACAGAUGAAGACACAAAUUACAGGACAGAAGUCAGUUACCUUGAAAUCUACAAUGAGAAGGUACGAGACCUGUUGAAGCAGCAGUCCCCAAACAAAGCAAUGCACAGCCUAAGAGUACGAGAGCACCCGAUAGAAGGACCAUAUGUUCAAGAUUUGUCCAAGCAUGUGGUCAGUGACUACUCUGAUAUAAAGGAAUUAAUGGACAGAGGAAAUUCUAUACGAACAACAGCCUCAACCAAUAUGAACGAUGUCAGCAGUCGAUCUCAUGCUAUCUUUACCAUCGUCUUCACCCAGGCCAAGUUUAGUGAUGACAUGCCCUGUGAGAUGAGCAGUAAGAUACACCUGGUGGACCUGGCGGGCAGUGAGAGAGCAGAUGCAUCAGGGGCUACAGGCCAGAGACUGAAGGAAGGAGCCAGUAUUAACAAAUCUCUGGUAACAUUGGGAUCUGUUAUCUCAGUUUUAGCUGAUAUCUCAACCCACAAGCAUGAGAAGAAAACCUUCAUUCCUUACAGGGACUCUGUACUUACUUGGCUCCUGAAGGACAGUCUGGGGGGUAACUCUAGAACUAUCAUGAUCGCAACAAUAUCACCAGCAGAUGUCAAUUAUGCUGAGACUUUGAGUACACUAAGAUAUGCCAAUAGAGCAAAGAAUAUAAUUAACAGACCAACAGUUAAUGAAGAUCCCAAUGUUCGUCUUAUCAGGGAGCUAAGAGAAGAGAUAGCCAGGCUGAAGGCUAUGAUGGGAGGAAAUAUUGAUAGCAUUUCCACCCCUAAAGUGCAAGAAAAAUUACACGAGAAUGAGGCUCGGGUUAAAGUUUUAACCGAGGAGUGGGCAGGCAAAUGGAAUGAAGCAGCAAAAAUACUCAAGGAUCAGAAUGUGGCAGUUAGAAGAGAGGGGAUGGGGGUGGUGCUGGACUCUAAGUUACCCCACCUGAUUGGAAUAGACGAUGAUAUACUUAGUACUGGGAUCAUGUUAUACCACCUGAAGGAGGGAAGAACUUCAGUUGGGAGAGGGGACGCUGAGGAUUCCCAAGAUAUAGUGAUAGCUGGGGUGGACGUGGAGAGAUACCAUUGCUGGAUAGAGAACUCAGAAGGGGAGGUAACUCUGUAUCCAGUGGAUGAUGCUCUCUGUGCUGUUAAUGGGAACGUUAUUAAUGAACCCACAAAAUUAACACAAGGUGCUGUGAUUUUAUUGGGAAAAACCAACAUGUUCCGAUACAACAACCCUGCAGAGGCUGAAAAACUCAAAUCAGAGCUGAAGAAUUGUGGUUUGAGCCUUUCUAGGACUUCUCUGUUGAGUAAAUCAAUGUCUGAUUUGUACAGAUCUACAGAAAACCUCUCCCUUAUGUCUGUUGGAUUUGAAUUAGAACAUGCCCGUAAUGAAGAUCAACAGAAAAUAGAGGAGAAAAGGUUACAGAUUAAUUUACUGGAGAAGAAAUACAGUAAGGCAGAGGAAGAUCGACAGUCCAAACAAUCACAGCUGGAGAGAGAUCUGGAAGAGAAGCAGUAUGAGUUACAGCGACUGGAGAUCAGCCUACAGAAGAAAAGGGAACAACUGCUGGAUUCUCAAAAACACAAAACAGUCCAUAUUGAUGAAAUGCUUAAGGAGCUUGAUGAAAAAGAGAAAAAGCUGAGAAAAGAAGCCCAGGAGUCUAUAAAUAAACUUAAAAAGGAGAUAGAGGUGUUACAGGAGUCAGGGAGACAGAGGACAGCUUCUUCACAAGAACAGAUAGAUCAGCUGGUGUGUGAAGAGGCUGCUAUAGAAGAGGAAUUCCAGGCAGCCUCCAAAGAUUUACAGGCACAGAUCACAGCACAGCAAAACACACUGUCAAGGAGUGAAAAACUGGCUGAAGAAAAUCAGGCUGAUUUGUCCAGAAUACAAGAGGAAUUUAAUUUGAAAAGGGAUACAAUUUUAGAGCAAAAUGCUGAACUUAAAAACCUUUAUCAAAAAGAACAUGAAUCAUAUUUGGAAGCUAGUAAACAAUUCAAGAAAGAAGAGGAAGAGAUGAAAUCUAGGUGGCAGCGCCCCCUGGAGGAUAUAGCAGGAUCCAAUCAAACAAUAGAGGAGGCAUGGCAUGACCUCAGAGAACACGAGGAAGAGUUGAGGAAGAAAUUGGAUCAGUGCCAAGAUAAUGAGGAACGAGACAAACUGUUAGUGGAACAAGAUGAAUUGGAAAAAGCUAGGGAAUUGCUUAAAGAGGAAGAAGAAAUAACCUCACACAAGGAAAAGUUGCUUCUAGACCAAAUCGAAAAAGAAAUGGAGAAAUUUGAGGAGAAUAGAGACAAGGUGCUUGGUGAGUUAGCCUUAAAAAGGGAUAAUAUAGUUGUGUCAAAGGAUGAAACUCUGUGUCAUUUACACUCAGCCCUGAAAGAAAAGGAAAAAAUCAAACACAAAUUAAAAAGAGAACUUUCUCAUUCUGAACAUGAGAUCGGGAAACUGAAAUCUAGCUUACAAAGCUUAUGUGAGGAUAAGGAUAUCAGGGGAGGUGAAAUUAAACAGAGGAAGAGAUCACUUCAGGAGAAUAUGGCCUCAGGCCAAAAAAGUCAAGAACUGGCUGUAAUGGAUCUAAAAGCAAAGGUGGUCAAGAUUGAGGAAAAUCUCCAGGAAGAGUUACGCAAUCUCCAAGCCCAGAGGGAGAGAUUACUAAAACAGAAAUCUUCUGAACUAAACACUACUGAUAUUGAAGAUCCAACUCUACAAAGUCAACUCAAAGAGGUGGAAGAUCUAAAAGCUAAGCUGGAACUGACAGAACAAGAGCUGGAAGAGAGAUGGAAGUUGUUUGAUGAGCAGAGAAAUUCUGAGCUUGACAAGAUCGAGUUUGAACGACUCAAACUUCAGGAACUGGAGCAUCAGGAAAGAAUCAAUGCUUUGGUGGAGCAGGAAGUUAAAAGACGGCUGUUUGAAGAGAAAAAACAGAGAGAAAACUUAAGGAAACAGGAGCGAGAGAAGGAGAGACAAGAGAGAGAUUUAGAGAUCCAAAAACUGAAGGAACAGCACAGCAGAGAAAUCAAACAACUCAAGGCUAAGUUUGAGGCUGACCAAGAAAUGUCCAGACAUUCCUCUAUGACUUCUCUGCAUACUCGCUCUAAUCCCUAUGGCUCUGGAAUGUCUCCUUCCAAUGGAUCUUCUAUGGACCAACUCUCGAGGGCCAGGAGUUCCAGCUCUGUGACUGGUACAGGAUCUUAUUCUGGCAGCUUUUUAGAAUCCUUUCGGAUCAGAAUCAGCAUUCCAACCUACCGGCUUCACGGAUAUGGAUCAGAUACCCAUUACGAGUAUGAAGUCAAGAUUGCAGUAGAUGAGGAUGUUUGGAGUAUUUACAGGAGAUACAGUAGAUUUCGACAACUCCAUCAGGAUUUGAAAAAGAAAUUUCCUGAGGUUUCACAGCUGGCCUUUCCACCAAGAAAAAUACUAUUUAGUCGAUCUGAUAAAGUUGUAGCAGAGAGGAGAAAACUGCUAGAGCUUUACUUGAGGGGUCUAAUUUCCAUUUUCCUGAAGACUCCAAGCUGUCCACUUCACUCUUCUCAGUGUAAACAACUUACCAAGCAGGACUUGUGUGAAUAUGAACCCUUCUUUAAGCGAGGCUUAUUUGAAACUGGCAAACACAGUACAACCUGAGCACCACAGAAAAAAUACAAGAAGGAAAGUAGGCUACAAACAAUUGAUCUGUAGCCUUGAAAUCUCCACUGGAAAAAUUUAAAGUAAAAAGUUGCAUAAUACUGUAGAAAUGUUGGAUAACCAGCUAUGUAGCGAGCAUCGGAAAUUGAUUUUGUUGAUAUUAUACUUGUAUCAAUUUAUAAAAAUGUUCAUAUUUUAAUGCAGGUGUUUUAUAUGUACCUUACAAGUGUAUUUUUUGCUAUUUCUUAUAUAUUCAUUUUACCCUACUCUGAAGGAGAGGGGAUAUACUGUUUCACUUUAUAUGUCUGCAUAUGCAUCUAUCCAUCAAAUUUCCUUCACAAUUUUCUCAGCAACUACUCAUUGCAGGUGCUUGAAAUUUUAGCACUCUUUGUCUUGGCAUGCCAUUUGUUGGGAUUCAUUCAUGUUCAAAUCCAAUGUUAAUUUCUUGUUUAUCCAUGUAUCUGUCUGUACCAAAUUUUUGUCAGUUUUCUCAGCAACUAUUCAAGGCAGAUGCUUCAAAUUUUAGCAUUUUCUUUAUUCAAGCAUGCCAUGAGAGCUUAUAUUCACAUCAGAGCAGGGGUAUUACUAGUGAGCUUUGACUCAAUGGCUUCCUGUGAACUCAGUUAGUGCUUAGUUCUUAGUGCUUAGUGUGUUUGAACAUUUUCGAAUUAUAUUUCUAUUUAGCUAAAAGAUUGCCUUCCUUACUACAGUAUGUAUACAAUCUUUUCAAAAGCAAAAAUUUUACAUUGCUAUUUAAACAAAAUUAGGAAUCUAGAUUGAGUCAACCCUCAUUAUUCAAACUCCAAUGGACCAAGCAAAAACGUUGAGAUAUCCAAGGCUUAAAGAUAUGGAGGAAAAAUUCCUUUAAAAAUAAGUGUUUUGAACUUUCAAUUCAUUUUGACUUAUCCAUGGAAAUUUGAGAUACCGAAGUUCAACUGUAUAUGUGUACAUGUAACCUGUGUAAAUAGGAGUAUUGUUGUAUUCUAUGCACAUCUGUAAUGCACAAGGAAAAAAAACACAUAUCAUUUUCUGAGACAUUGUCAAUUAUUCCUGAUCUCACCACAGCUAUUGCUGUCAAGAUUUUACAUAUAAAUUGUAUGUUGUACAUGCAUUUACCGGUAUAUCCCAUGUCCUUAAAAAUAAAUUUAAUGUGAAUAAGGGAUUUGUACAGAGUAUAAAUGACACUGAACUUGCCUUUAAGGUACAUUUGCCCUUUGAUAAGAGAGAUAACUCCUGUCUAUCAAAUUGUCAAGAGGAAAUUGUCAAUUUUUUCUCUGUAAGCUACUUGUAUUUCAAAAAUGUCUGCAUUUUAACUGUUAAUUAACUUGAUAGGAUUAAAGCAAAAUUUGAACAGAAAACGUUUCUUCAAAUCAAAUAUAUUUUAUGCACUAGUUGUACCAUAAAAUGUUUUACCAGUUCUAUUCAAAAAAUUUAAGUCUAUUAGUAUUAAAAAUGUUAUAUACAUGUACAUGUAUUGAGCAUUAUUACUUUUUUCUCCCUUUGUAAACCUAUACUUUUUCCAUUGAGAUGUAAAUUUUCUCAACAAUGUUUAAAUAUUUUAUUUACUUGGAAUAGUUUUAAAAAAAAAAUUGAAUCAUGAAUAUACCGGUAUGAGUAUGGUACAUAAUAUGACUGUGUGAAAAGAUUUUUCUAUAUGACGUGUACACUGAAUAUGUGUUCAAAUGUAAAAUACUCACCAUUCUCAAAUGUAUGUAGUCAUUUUAUGCAUUCCAUAAAGCCCAUGUUUUAUAUUUUGUUAAAUUUAAAAUAUUCUUGAUGGUAUGUGUUAUCUAAUGGAAUAUUAAUAGGUGCAUCAAUGAGACAAUGACAUUAAUGGAUAAGCCUGAUACAGCUUGUGUACAAGAAUUGAGUGUUUCAUUGUAAAGUAUAUUUAUUAGGCCAUGCAAAGUUAAUUCCUUGGUUCUCAUACCUUUUUUUUUCAAGAAAUAUGAUGAGGGAGGGAGGCAUUUUUUUUUCUUUUUUAUUGCCCCUAAAACAUGAUGAGGCAGCUUUUUACAUUGUACAAAACCCCAAAAAAUGAUGAGGGAGGUUAUUUAUUUUUUUUUAUUUUAUUGAUUUAGCAAUAAAAAGGGUCACUGAGGCACCCUUGGAAGAGAUGAGGGAGGGCCUGAGAACCAAGAAAUUAAUUUUUUUUGGCCUUAGGGUAUAUAUUUAUUUUAUUAGUGUACAUGUAUAUACAUUUAGUUUAUUUAUGAAUUCCACAUUUUUGGUGCUUCAGCUUUAAACCUAUUUUCAGGGCAGUGGAUGUUUUUCUGCAGUGUAUUUUAUAGUAUUAUUUUUUUUUUAACCAACUUGAAAGUUGAAUUGUUUGUGUUGGAAUAAUAAAAUAUGGUGUGAAUUGUCGUACUAAACUCCAAGUCAACAAAACAAAUUCCAUCUUUGAUUUUGAUAAGCAUUUCAUAGCAUUACAAUGUAGUUAUUAAAAUAGACAAUGGUUGGUUGUACAUUUUACAGGGGGACAAUAUGUAUUGACUAGACAGCAUUAUUAAUACACAGAACAAGGCAUUUUUAUACUUGGUCAGAAGUUUGUUGGAUUCAGAGGGUAGCGUUUUUUUUUUGUUUUUGUUUUUUUUUUUUUUUCUUAGUUUUUCUUUGUUAUGUUUAUGAUAUGUUAAGGUACAUUAAUUGAAAUGAUUUAUACUUAUGGCUCUUCAUCUUUCUCACCAGAUCACUGAGCUCUCCUACUUUUCAAAAACUAAUAUUGUUAUUGAGGUAUUACAUCAAUUUCUGUUCACGGUUGAAUAUGCUAGAGUAAUAAUUGUUAUAUAUAUCAUUCUUGAUAUAAAAUUGAAUAAAAAAAUCAAAACAU